GAAUGAGAGGCCGCCAAGUGGAAAACGCGCUGCUGCCCUGAAAGAGCACUCAGCUCAGCAGGUCCUUUUUUUUGCUUUAACCCUUUCUUUUACACUUUCUAUUAUUUUCAUCAUGGACGAAGAAUCAAUCCUUUUUGGCAUUCGCAAUGCGUUUGCUCUCGGAAACUACCAGAUUGUCAUUAACGAAGUCAGUUCAGCUCGCGCUUUGCAGUCACCUGUCGCCAAACUCGAAUCACAAGCAUUCUUGUACCGUUCAUACGUUGCCCAAGGCAAAUAUAAUCUCGUCAUCAAUGACAUUGGAGAGUCUGGUGUCGAGGCUCCCUUAGCUGCAGUACGGCUUUUGGCUACUUACUUGCGCGCAAAGCAAAAAACCGAGGAUACACAGGCAGUCAUUGAACAAGCAAUGGCAUUGUUGGAGGAGGGUGCUAAUCGAGUCGAUCAGACCAUUCAAGUUGUUGUGGCUACCAUUCUUGUCAACGAUGGAAAGCUUGAAGAGGCACUUAAAGUGUUGCAUACGCGCAGCAAGAAACUCGAGUGUUGUGCAUUAGCAGUGCAAAUCUAUUUGCAAAUGGAUCGUUUGGAUUUGGCAAGAAAGGAGGUAGCACAUGCUAAGUCGUGGGCAGAAGACGCAUUGUUGUUGCAAAUGAUAGAAGCUUGGGUGGAUCUCCGAGUGGGCGGUGACAAGUAUCAAGAAGCCUUUUACAUUUUUGAAGAGUUUGGACAAUCCAAUGCAGAACCUUCGAUCAAGGUCUUGAAUGGACAGGCUGCAGCCAACAUUGCUUUGGGAAGAUAUCCAGAGGCCGAAAGUGUCUUGAUGGAAGCUCUAAACAAGAACAAUGAUGACCCUGAGACAUUAGUAAAUAUGAUUGUAUGCGCCAACUUGACAUCCAAACCAAAUGAUGUAGUAAAUCGCUAUGUGAGCCAACUUCGCGAAGUCGCUCCAUCGCAUCCUUACCUUCAAGAACUAGAUUUAAAAUCCAGUUUAUUUGACAGAGCAGCUACACGGUUUGCUUUGGUAGAUUCCUCGUAAUACAAUCACCUAAGAUAAUACAGUUCCAAAUUUACAAAUCAAAGAGAGUUAUUUUGAGACAACUCGCACAACUGCGAAGCGUGUUUUUGGAGUGCUAGUCAUUUUGGAUGCGUUUGCUUCCUAUAUAGCUAUUAUGUGUAUACGUAUGUAUCAUAAAAGCGUAUGAAAAAUAUGAGAAGCUAUAUAUCGUAUCAAGAAGUACUACACUCUUUCCGGAAAGUAAAUUCACCCAAUGACGAAAACGAAUUCAGGUUGUACGGAAAAUGAAUUCGCUCUGAAGGAAAAUCAAUUCACCUGAUGACAAGAACAAGGUCUAAUUAAAUGCAGCCUUAGACUUCCUCAGCCUCCAU